UUUUUUUCUUUCUUUUCACACCCGCGCCCUCAUACCCUCAUACCUCAUACUCUCAUACACAAAACACACUUCUUGGCCAUAGCAACCACCCACCUAUAUAUCCCUCUUCUACACUCUUAACUAUCCCUUCCUUGUCUCUCUCUCUCUCUCUCUCCCCAUCCCUCCCACAUUCUACAUUGUCUCACCCCAUCAACAUCAUGCCAGAGGUACCCUCAGGACGACAGCGACUCAAGCAAUGCGCACGACUGAUGCAGCACCAUCUCUCAGACCUGCAGCUGAUCUUUGACAAGGACCUCCUCAACACCCUCGGAUCCGACGGGACAGAAUAUAUCGAUCUAGUCGUCCUGCAGGAGGCUAUACCCGCCAUUGGAGACCUCUCAGCAGCUCAAUUGCGACGAGCUAUCAAAUACGAUGCCAAGGAUGUACUCGAGCUGCAUCCAGAGCUGGAUAUGGUGCGCCGAUGCCGGCCUUUUUCAGAGCCCGAGGCCUUGGAUCGGAUGUUGUUUGUGGACGAUAUCGACAUCAGUGGAUACGAGGACGAUCCGACCCAUGUUUUUCAGCAAUUGCUUCUUCCUUAUCCGCUUGCUCUUUCACGGGAAUCUGAUUCUGGCGACCGCCAGCGCAACGACGACAUUGCAACUCCAUCUUCUGAGCAGGAGACCUCUGUGGAUGAGGAAGCAUUCAAUCACCAGACAGUCAUUCGCCCCUACGGCUAUAAGCCCACCAGAUUCUUCCAGGGCUUUUGUUACGUCGAGUUCGCAUCGAAGGAGCUCAGUUUACAGAUGUUGAGCAAGAUCCUCGCUCGCAACAACUCUGUGCGUGUCAUGCCUAUGAAACAAUGGCGCAAGCUGGAAAGUGAAUACCUGAGCCUUAGGACGAAAGGCUCAUUUGCAUAAUGGAUAGUUCUUCUCAGGAAGUGCUGCUCGUCGCCAUAUUUAUCGAUGUAUAUAACUCUACUUGUACAAUGACAAACAAAUAAAAAUACUACUGUAGUGCAC